UUAUCGAUCACGCUUCGUUCACGCCGAAUCGAGUCAUAACCCGUUUAUUCGUUGUCUUUUACAUUUUCCAUUAUUUCUCGUACUUACUGCCAUUAAUUUUAAACUUUCGUCAGAACCAGUAGAGGCAGAGCAAUUCGCUGUUGCUAUAAUUUUUUUAUUUCUAGCUCGUAUAGCUUAUUAGUUACCACAGAUGUUAGCAUUCUUACUCUUGUAAUUACUAUUUCAGAUUCAGAUCCUAUGUGUAUAUACAAUAUCAGUCCGUCUACUAAUAUUUAACUUGGGAGUGAAUUUCUUAUAAUUAAUAAAAUGGAUGACGACGAAUGUUAUGGGUUUGCAUCAGGCGACGAUAUAGAAAACGACGCUGAUUACGAUGCCGAAUAUGAAUUCGCUGACGACGAGUCCUUCAGCGUGGAACCCGUCCGUGUUUCUCCGGGACAGUCACGCACUUUCUCGCGACGAGGCUCCGUGCCACGCGAUAUCUCCAAACGGCGCAAAAGUGAUGAUCCAGAGGAGAUCGACACGAGUGUCGCGUUGGGAGACCACUUUCAGACCCGUACAGCCCGCGGAGAUGUGGUGUAUUACGAGGUUCUCAUGCCCCAGCAAGUUGUUGCCAAGAUGGAUAAAAUCAUCGGUCGUGCUAGGGAAGUUAUGGAAGAGGUGCCUCCUUCAACAAUUCGGCUGAUGCUGGGCCAGCUCAAAUGGGACACAGAGCGUUUACUGACUCGCUACUAUGAAAACCCGGAGAAACUAUUUACAGAUCUGCGUGUGGGGACUGUGAAACCACGGGCUUUGUCUGUUAAUAGGGUCAUUGCGUGUGAUAUUUGUUUGUUGGAUACCAAAAGCACCGAUCUCAAAGCCGCCGACUGUGGCCACUAUUUCUGUGCGGACUGCUGGAGCUCAUACUUGACCGUCAAAAUACUGGGUGAUAUCAGUGCGUCGCGGAUGGAAUGCCCUUCCAAUAAGUGCAAAACCUACCUGGACGAUGCCUUCGUGAUGAGUUUGCUCAGCGCGGACAGUGUCCGUCUCCGUUAUCAGUACUGCAUGACGUCUUCCUUCGUCGACUUCCAUCCGUGUAUGCGGCGUUGUCCCGGCACUGACUGCCUGCGGGUGGCCUGCGUGCAGGAGCGCUCCUGGAUCCCCAUUUGCUGCGAGCCCUGCGAUCUGACAUUCUGCUUUUUGUGCGGAAAUGAAUGGCAUGAUCCCAUCAAGUGCGAUUGGCUCAAGAAAUGGCAGAAGAAAUGCAUGGACGAUAGCGAAACCUGCAACUGGCUGUCGGUUAACACAAAGGACUGCCCAGAGUGCAAAUCUGCUAUUGAAAAGAAUGGUGGAUGCAAUCACAUGACCUGCCGCAAAUGUAGACAUGAAUUUUGCUGGAUCUGCUUCGCGAAGUGGCCUCAUCCAGGCGGAAUGUCGUGUAACUCCUACAAAAACUCCGAGAACGAGGGACCUCGCAAAGCUUUGGAGCGCUAUUUAUUCUUUUUUAAACGUUUUGACAAUCAUGAAAAGAGCGUGAAAUUGGAACGGAAGUUGAAGGAAAAGUUAGCGACGUCCAUGGAAUCUUUUCGAAUGAGAUAUACCUGUGGAUGGAUCGAACUGCAGUUCUUGGUUAAAGCGGUGGACGUUCUGAAACGAUGCCGGCAGACAUUGAUGUAUACCUACGCUUUUGCGUAUUACCUGAAAGAGGGAAAUGAAAAGGAUUUCGCUGCUUCGCUAUCUGGAGAACUCAUUUGA